UUACUGCAUAAGCGCAAACGUGGACAGAGCCAGCAGAGAAAAAUGGAUGCCCAACCGCAGCAGCAGCAGCAGCAGCUUCCGCCUCGAUCUGCCUACGAGAUGGAGACACAGGAAUCCAGAUUUGCCAAACAGAAAGCGUCCGCCAAGUGGCUGCUCUCGAAAGCGUACAACAAUCGUGUGCCAGACAUUCUGAAGGAUCCGUUCUACCGGGACCACGACGGUCAGGACCACUUGAAGCCACAGAUCGUGGUCGGGCUGGGCAACGCAUCGAUCUACUGUCAGGUGUUGAGUAACAUCUACUCCGACCCGAACUACCAGACCCUGAACCACUGGUCGAUCCUGCAGACCCUCUCCCGGAAGGGUGUACCCAUCAACGAGUCGCCCGAUCAGCCGCUAACCGAGACGGUUCUGAUACAGACGAAUCCGCUUAGAAUUAAUGCACAUAUGGCUGUGAUAGAAGCGCUGAUGGUGUUAUACGCUAAAGAGGUGGCUUCCAGCGGAAGAAUUUCCAGUGCUUUAGAAAGAAUUUCGGGCCGUAGUGUAGCGCCAACCGUUCAGCAUCAUGAACCUGCCUUACUGAAUUGGAUUUCGCAUGUGAUCGGUGCGCUGAAGAAGCGCAUCGACUACGAAGUGGCGGCCAAUGGAGGCAGCGGAGCGCUGGAUGAAUAUGGUCAACGGCAUCAGAGCCCGGACGUUCCACCUGUACGAGACUUUCGGGAACUGUGUGACGGCGUUUGUUUGGCUUAUCUAAUCUCGUACUACUGUCCCAAACUAGUUCCUUGGCAUAGCGUUAAAUUCAACCACGUACCAACCAUUGAGGAUUCAAUUCACAAUAUUCUGAUAGUUAGUAACUUUUCCGAGCGAAGUUUGCCAUACAGCGUGUUUCACAUGUCACCAGAGGACAUCACCUACAUGCGGGGUUCAAUGAAACCGAAUCUGGUCGUGCUGCUGGCGGACUUGUUCAACCUCUUCGAAAUCCAUCCGGCCAAAUGUGUCUGCUAUCCGGGCAUGGAACAGCAGCCCACAGACGCAGCCGGAGCCGGCGCUACCAAUGAGCACGGCAUUGCCCAUCGCAGGGGUUUCGCGAAUCAACCGACGAUCGCGGCCAUUCCCGAUUUGCGCCCCGGGCUCGAUUCGCCACCCGGUAGCGGCAGCGGCGGUAGCGGCACCAGCAGUAGUGGUGGUGGUGGCGGAGGCGGCUUUGGCGGCACCGGUACUGGCAAUGGUGCCAUUAAUCGACCGCCAUUUCAAGUCAAUCGGUCGCCAUCGGCCAGCACACUCAGGAAGCACAUUCAGGCGAGUCGGGAAACACCGGAACAGCAUCAACCGCACCAGUUGUACCAACAGCAGCAGCAGCAACAGCAGCAGCAGCAACCGCAGCCGCAGCAUCAAUCACCGUAUCAGGCGGAUCCUGAUGAAGGAUUCGUGGUCCACAGAAGCAAAGGAGUGCCAACGUUGUCAUCGAUGCACGAACCACUGGUGCCGGCCAGGAUACGGCAGGCCAAGGAGAAAACCAACAACGAUUCCAAAGCGGAAGAACGAGGUGAUAGCAUCCCGGCUGGUCGGCCAAGCAACUGGGAAGAGUCGCGCAAACCCAGCUUCUCAGGGCGACGAUCGCGCCGGAAUUCGUUUAGCGAUGAUUCGCAGCUAACGAUCGAAAACUUUGGCGGAUCGCAGGAUCAGCUCAACACCGUGGGACGGUUCGAGCGGGAGCGCAAAGUUUCCAACACGAGCCUCACGUCGAUCGAACCGGUCGUCCCGGCCCGCUCCUCGUUGGCCGAUGCUCGCGGUUCGAUUCAGUUCGGGUACGAUACGGAUUCGGGCAACGAGAAGCAGGAUCGCGACACGGAAAAGCCACCCGGCAGUAGUGGCACGUUGCGGCGUCACAACAGCACCACCCUACAUUCCAGCGCCGGCAGCACCAGUGGCCAUGGUUCGACGAGCGGUCGUGGCGCGUCGGUCGAGCGAGAUCUGGUCGAUGGAGAUGCCAGCUCGACGACAAUGGCUGUCGCGGGAAUGGCUGCUGCUGCGACCGCCACUGCUGCUGAUGUGGAGCUCACCCCUCGCCGCAAGACUUCCUUCGCAACACUGCCAAACAACACGACCACCUGGCAGCAGCAGGCCAUAAGCGUGCAGAAAAUGGACGAUGUUGAUGACAAUCAACCGCUGGAGGAUGCCACGAAAAUCUCAACGAUCAAGCUGAAGCUGGAGGAGAAGCGUCGUUUGAUCGAGCAGGAAAAGCGGCGCGUCGAAUCGGCGUGGUCGAAGCAGCUGCAAACGGUUGGCAAACAGGCAUUCUUACAAGCUAUUAACAAGAGUAAAAGUGGCAGUAAUGUCCCCGGUGAACCGGAAUCCACCUCGAAAGAAUCGAUCGAUGAUGGGCCUACGGUAGUAGAGGAUGAUCGUGGUGGUGUAGUAGAAAAGGCGGAACGGCCCUGCUCUCUCAAGGAUUUGGAUGACCACAGCAGCAGCAAGUAUGAGCAGAAGUGGAAUGCACAAAUAAUCGAACCGAAGAAGACUCCCGAUCUGGAGAACAUGGACCUGGAGCAGUAUCAACAAAGCAUUUCGAAAAUGAACAACAACUUGCACGAUAUUCAGGCGGACAUACAGCGUCUCACGCAUCAGCAGAAUCAGAUUCAAGCGCAAACGCUACAGGCCCAGCAGCUACUGCAUGCGCAGCAGAUAGCCAAUCUGCUCAAUCAGCAAUAUGGUUCCCAGCAAAGCAUCCCGGCAUCGACCUACCGGCCCAUGAACACUGGCCCGCUGUUCGGCUCUAGUCCUCAUCUACCGCAGCAGCAAUCGUCUCCGAUCAACUACGGAAUGCGUCCGCCUAGUCGCGAUCCCUACCUUUCGCAGCACACGAUGCAGUACGUGAACGAGCAGGGCCAGUACAUACAGGGGUCGCCGCAGCAGCAGCAGCAGAAUCACAUGCAGCCCAACUACGGGCCAAAUCCCCACCAGACGCCGCCCCAUCAUCCCAACAACCUGGUGUACAGCCGCGAACAGAGCCAAACCCAGCUGAUCGGUGAUCAGAAUGGUCAGUACCGGACCAUGGGCAAAGACAGUCAUCAGUACUCGUCGAAUUCCUACCUGAACAUGGACCAACACCAUCAGCAACAUCAACAGCAGCAUCAACAGCAGCAUCAGCAGCAGCAGCAACAUCAGUUCUACCACCAGGAUUCAAACCACUACCGGGAUCCGUAUCAGCAACAGCAGCAUCAUCACGGGCACGGACAGCAAGAUUUGAAGGAUCCACAGCAACCACCUCACGGUGGCGGUGGACAGUUUUUCCUGCACGACAGUGGUUCGACUCCACCACAAGCGCCACAGCGUCGAACGUGGGCACAGUCGGCCGUAGCGGCCGGAGUCGUCGGUGCCGGUGCAUCACCGAUCAUUCCUGGCGGUGGCGGAUCGAACAGUAUGGUCGAUGUGAACGCCUGGAACCAUGGCCCGGCGUCGAAGGGUUACAACAAAUCUCCCGCCCCGAGCGGAGGGUUCUCGCUCCAUCACAACGGCGACGGUGACAGUGGGUACGGUGGUGGCGGUGGCCGCGUAGGAAGCGGCGGCAGUGGCGGUAGUCAACAGUCAUUCCAGAACCUGUUCGAAGUGCAUCAUCCCCAUCAUAUGGUCGGCCAGCAGUCGACGGCCAGCCCGCAGCACAACAAGGUGCGCAACCAAAUCUCUCAGAUGAUGAUCAGCAGCAACGGCGGUAGCAGCCCGUCCGCGGGUCCGGGUGGUGCGGGGCAUCAUGACUAUCGCGAUAACCGCAGUAUGCCACUGUCGCCCCCGAUCGAUGAUAUGGCCCCGCAGAGUAUCUCCUUCAUCGGCGACGAAGACUCGGGCGAUGUCGAGAUCAACACAUCGAAGAGCGGCGGCGGUGCCAACGAUAGUUACAGCUUACGCCACCAGCAGCAGCAGCAGCAGCACCACCAGCAACAGCAGCUGGAUGCCCUGUACGGAAGCAUCAAGGGUCCGGCGGGUGCACACAGGACGAGUGGUGGUGGUGCUGGUGGCGUCAGUGGGAACGCGCAGGAUCUGGACAAACACCUGAGCAAACUGAACAUAACAAGCGGUAACCGUACUUACAGAAUACCAUCGCCCACGAGGCCGAGCCUCAACUCGAACAGUUUCCAUGACCCGCAAGAAGACGUGAACGAGAAAGGGUUCUACAUCUCGUUUGAUAACGAGCAACCGAAAAGACCAAAACCACCGCUCCGGACGAAACGCUCGCCAAAGAAGGACAAACCACUCGCUGGUGUCGAGUCGGUCGAUGGCGAGAAACGGCGAGACAGUCUGGGCGAUAAGAGCUCGUCCGCGCGAGUAGAAACCAAUGCCAACAAUUUCGGUACGUUCAGUGUCAAGACGGGCAGCAGUUUCUCGGCCAACUUCAACGAGGAGCACAACGCUGCGCACAUGCGGAAGAGCAUCAUCGCGGACAGUGGUUCGUCGCCGUUCGAGCCGGUGAUGCACAAGGUGAACGUCACCGGCAGCGGCAGCAGCGCAGCGUCUACGCAGGCCGCUCUGAUGAUGCAUCAGAUGAUGGACGGUGCUGGGGACCGGCGCCACACGCUGGAUGCGGAUGUAGCGGCCAUCAUGAACAAUGGUCACUAUGGAAGCCACAACAACAGUAGCGACGGGUACGGCAGUGAAACGGAUCGGAAUGCGAAAAUAGUGAUCGAUGUUGCGACCGAUCAGACCUCCGUGGAUGAGAUGGAACGCAAGAAGGAGAAAAUUAUGCUCCUUUCGCUGCAGCGACGACAGCAGGCCGAGGAGGCAAAGGCGCGCAAAGAAAUCGAAGCCAUGCAGCGGCGCGAGAAGGAGCGCGAGAAGGAGGACGAGCGUGCCCGCAAGAAAGAGGAACAGUUUGCCCGUCGACAGGCGAUCCUGGAUGCGCAUAAAAUCAAGAAAGCUAUCGAAGAAGCGGAGAGAGAAGGAAAGACAAUCGAUCGUGAGCUACAGAUCAAGCACCAGCAGUAUCAGCAGCAGAUACAUCAUCAAACGACGCCGUCACCGGCGGCAAAGAUGCGCACGCAGAAGCUGAGCCGGCCGCGACCGAAAACGAUUCACGUCGAGUCGGGCUCGGUGGAUCUGAGCGAAGCGUCCAGCCUCAGUAGCCGGGGCAAGAAGGGUUCCAACUCAAACUUGACCGGUCUCGGAAUGCACAGUGCCUCGAACACGAUGCGCCGAGACUACUACCGAGGAUCGCAGGAUUCGCUCGCAAUCAGAGAAUCACCGGACGAGUAUCCUAGCAGUAGCUCGACGCCCAUUGGUCGCCGGGGAUCCUACAAAACUGGAAGAGAACCAGCCACAAUCGAACGGGGCCGUACACUGUCGCGUAUCUCGCUAGCGAAAGGUGCCAAUUUCCGGGGACGUAAAUCGAACUCCCUGAUGAAUCUAUGCGACUCUGAUUCCGGACUGGGACGUGCCACACCACCGAGGCGAGCACCGUCGCCGGGAAUGGGACCAUCGAGCCGGCAUCUGCCGUCACCCUCCGGGCCAGGCUCGUUGCCGCCCGGGUUAAUAACGAAACGUCGCGGCUUCGACGACGGAUCGAGCGAUAUCUCGUCGAACGCGAGCUCCAUGAUGGAUUACAGUGGGCCGAGACUGUACAAACAACCGGCAACAAAGUCGAACCGUGGCAUCAUCCUGAAUGCCGUCGAGUACUGUGUCUUCCCGGGUGCAGUGAACCGCGAUGCCAAGCAGAAGGUGCUGGAGAAGAUUGCCCGGUCGGAGGCGAAGCACUUCCUGGUGCUGUUCCGCGACGCCGGCUGCCAGUUCCGGGCCCUGUACGGCUACUGGCCCGAGAACGAGCAGAUCAUCAAGCUGUACGGCACCGGACCGAGCCAGGUCGAUGAUGUGAUGUUCGACAAAUUUUUCAAAUACAAUUCGGGUGCUAAAUGUUUCACCCAAGUGCACACCAAACACCUCACCGUCACGAUCGAUGCGUUCACGAUACACAACUCGCUGUGGCAGGGCAAGAAGGCGAACCUGCCGAGCAAAAAGGACAUGGCGCUGGUGAUUUGAGGGACGCAGCUCCGGCGUUCCCAGACCUGUUCCACCAUCAUUACCACCAGCUCCACCAAGGGGUGUACUCCGUUUGCGCGGACGGUGGCAGCACCGCCGCCGCCGCCGCAGUCAUCAUCCGCCGGGGCGUCACCGUAAAAAGUAAACGUCUUGUGCGGCACGCCAAGGAUAUAUUGCACUGCGCCCUGCGCCACCCACCUCCUGUUAUCAGUCUCAGUUUUUUUCCCUUCCCCACUUUCGUAUUCGUUUAAUGAGUAUUGUAUAUGACAGUUUUGGUAUUUUCCCUUAGGGAAAAGUUUGCAUGAUUUAGUUUUUGAUGAUUUUUUUCUUUUUCUAACCGUCGCUCCAACACGUAAAAGAUAGAAAUAAAGGUAACCAACCUCGAACCGAUGAGAAAUAGUUCUGAUAAAAGACACAACAUUUGCUUACGAGAGUCAAAAAGUGUCAGCUUUUAGGGGGCUCUCUUGUUUAACGAACUUCGUCGUCCGACAUUCCCAUUGGCAAAGGCCACGUCCGGAUUGCAUCCCCCCAAAACAUUGCUGGGCUUUCGAAUGGGAACCUUUUGAACCCGAAGCCUCCGUAACUAAACCGUUUGUUGAACAAUUUAACCAGUUUCUGUUUGGUUAACUUCUGCGUAUUAUUUUCAACACUCUGCCGUAAAGGUUUCCCCUUUCUUUUGUAGCUAUAAAUCAUUAAUCUAUGGUUUAGGAAUGACAGUAAUUACGAAUGCAAACUGAUAGUUGUUGUAACAUACCAUAUAAAGAGGGGCAGAACGUGAAUGCAUUACAAUCCGCAGUAACUUAUUAACCAACCAUUAUUAAAGGAAGACGAUGGUCGAGAUGAUGGUCGGUGGAUUGAACAUUAAACACCCUGAUUAUAAUAGCGUCGUAUGCUAUCAUUAUUCGUUAAUUUGUUUCUUCAUUUAUUCUUCUCUUUUUCUCUAACUUUUGAACCUUUCACCUACGACGAAAGCACGUCGUCGAAGGUUAUAAGACUCAUGCGACUCAGACUAACGAAGUAAAACGGAAUAAUUCGCAUAGAUAUUAAAUUAAUAUUAUUAUUAACUAUUACAAUAAUUUGAACCGUUAAAUGAUCGAUUCUUUACCCGGCUCCCCCAAGAACACGAUUCCUUCCGCACAGACCCGCUCGCUCCCUCACAGGGUCAGGGUCGACAUCGACAGAAACAGGCGGAGUUUGCGCAAGUAACAUCGAUCCCCCUGCGGUUCUUAGUGCGUUUGUUAGUGUCUUUUUUGUAAAAUAGUCGCUUAAGUUUCCAAUCGGUCCAGUUGUGGUCAGGGUCACUUACGAGACCCUCCCCCAAACGGUGGCUGAUCACGUUUAACGAAAAAUAACGAGCGCUGUGGGGGCGAAAGGAUGAUAACAGUCGAAGGAGAAGAUACCGGAAACAACCGAUUAGUCGACAGAGAACUGUAGUGGAAAACGCAGAACUAUGUCCUUUUUAUAAUACUUAAGUUAAAGCAAAAAGAACAAAUAUAAUCGUUUUUAUUAAUAACUUUUUUUGUUGUUUUUUGCUUUCGUUACUUUAGGUUACUUUUGAUUAUGUUUCAUUUCGAUUGUUUUUGUUCACCAGCAGCGUGGUGCAAUAUAUGCUUCUAAGUGGCACGAUGAAUGAGACACCCCAAGUUUGCCAAUACUACUCAAACUACACUUUGCGAAGCAACAUCCCGGAUCGUACUACGUACUAAAGCAGAAUUGGAACAAUGACGGGAACGAAGGAAGGGACACACAACCUUAAUACAACCUACUAUCACUUAGCUAAAAAUUUGUGAAUAUAAUUCUCUAGCCAGCAUUGUUGUGCUACGGACGAUUUUUGCAAGUUUUCCAAAAUAUUCACGAUCGUGGCGAGAGAUGCGUUGAGGAAAGUAAACGUCUGGACAACGCGGAUGGAUUGCGUCCUCUUGGUUAAGUCCUCCGGUUAAAUUGUGUGUGCGCAUUUUUAACGACUAGCGAAUGCCGGAGCAGACGGAGCGGUUAAUAGAAGCCUUCGUAAUUUAUUCGAUUCGAUUCCUCGUCUAGCGGUAGAUGCAUUGUAGAAAAUCGAUUUAUUUAGCCAAAUAGUCACGACGACGGUCCCCGGGUGAGGGGAUUACAAUGAUAAGAAACCAGUUUCCGUCGCACCUGCUCUCGAUGUCCUCAAUUGAAGAAAGCAAACGCAGUUUCUAAAUGAACCUUAAUCCCCAGUAUAUAGUGAUCUUUAGGACGGCAGAAGCCGAUCGCCCGGGAGAAGGGAGUUACGGUGUUACUCAAAGUAAUAUAUCAUUUUUAUGUCGUUACUAUUGUAAAAUACUCUCCGCUCUGUGAAUAGUGGCCAGGAACAGGUUACGGCGUUUCGAAACGUUAAACAAUGUUUGGUGAUUUCAAUCAAAACCCCUCCGGCGAAGGUAGCGAAAUGGUCUAUUAUUUGUGCAAGUUGUUUAGCUUCCGUUUGGGUUUAGUGCUAUUUAGAGCGAGCUGUUAUGUUGCACAAACAAAAAAAAAACAAUAGAGAAUGAGCCCUUUCUGUUUUGUGCGUGUAUUGCUCCAGAUUCUUAUUCCCUAUUACGCUUCCAGGAUUUGAGAGGAACGUGAAAGUGUAAGGA